AUGCAGAAGUGUUCUUAUUUCGUUCAACUUUUCUCAAUUUUUUCAUCACUAGGCAAGUUUUACUUCCGUCCGACAGUUUUUCUAAUUACGAUAUGGCUUUAAAUAUAUUUUUGAUUUAACCUUUUCAGCUGUUUUCAAUGUAUCGGCUGACAGAGAGUUUCUUAUCAAGCGGGCUUGCGAUGCGAACCCUUCUCUCGAAUUAUGUUCUCAUUAUCACCGUGAGUUUGCCAACGGCGUCCUGUUUAGUGGAUAAUUGAUAGUUAUUCAGGUAUUCGUAGGUUUCAGCCUCGAACUGUAACGACAACGAGGCCGACUGUGGCCGGCCUGUCCAAGGGCUUCGCAGAUUGGCUGUACGCGGCCAAAGACGUGAGUUAAUUUCGCGCGGUGGUGAAAAGCUGAACUUGAAAAUUUUCAGGACGUUGAUGAGCAGGAAAUUGAGGAACUUGAAGCAGCCCGUCGCAAUCACCCAGAUGAGCGUGAUUACUGUGACAAGUACAAGGUUUUUAACUCAGGAUUUCCUUUUUGAUCAAUAAUUUUUAGAAAAACUUUGCAAGUUAUUGCACUGAAAGCCGGGGGGUCGAGCUCGACGGAGUUCUUCAGCAGUUUUGCAUCAACUUCGAAAAAAGCUGUAAAAGAAAUUUGGAAGAGGCGAAGUGAGAUUUUUUUUUGUUUUCCGCAAGUUUAAUAUAUUCGAUUUUAGAUUACCUUUCCCCACGCCAAAACCAUUUUUUUCUACUCCCGCUCCAUCUUCGGACAAAACGACCGCUGGUUUAUUUUCCAAUAACGUCGCAAUUAAACAUUUUCAUAUUCAGAACCUUCGUACUGUGCACUUUAUCGGUCAGAGUACGACAAACACUGUAGCCGUUCCUUCUCGUCCGAAGAUUUUUGCAAAUCUUACAAGAAGAGCUGUCUGCAGGCGCCGGAAAAGCUUAGCAAAAACGUAAAUCUCUCCAAGGAGAUGUUAGUUUGCUGAAACUGAUCUCCUUAGUAAAUUUCGUGGUUAUAGUAACUCGUUGGAAGAGUUUCCCGAAGAUAUUGAGCCCGAAAAGUCGGUGAACAAUCGCAGCACGUCGGCCGAGUUGCCCGAACCGUCCCCCGAAGGCCAGGGAAAGGUUGAUGAGGAGGUACGUAUAUAAUCUACCGACGGAAAUGUACUUUUCAAAGUUCAAGUUAAAAAAGGACUUAGCAUGAAAUUAGAGCAAAUAUCAGCAUUUGAAUAGUAAAUCUAGAAACUUUUUGGUAAUGGAGACCUAACUGCCUUUUGUCGUAGCACCAAAAACCGCAUACAUAAAUCAUUCUAUUUAUGUUUAUCUACUAUUUUUUUCUUAACUUACUUUUUCCUUAAACAGCUUCAGUCAUUGAUUCAAAAGAUGCAUUUUUGAAUCAAAUGAUUUACAGAUUUCGACGUAUUGCCAGCGGUACAUUGAGAACUUCCAUUAUUUUUGCGUCGGCGAUGCCUCCAAUGAAAAUACAAAGUUUUGUGCCUCCUAUCAUCGUAACUGCCCACAACAGAGUCAAACGUAGGCUUUUUAUGCUCCUUUUCUUCGUUUUAGUCUAGUCUCUCCGGUGAAUCUCAUUUCAAACGCAGAUCUCCUGACUGAAUCGCAAUUUUUUGGCAAUUACCUUCAUGUUAUUCUCAUAAGAAGCUUUAAAAAUUGAAUAUGUUUAUUGAAAGAAGAUGGAGUGCAAUCGAGCGUUCAAAUGAAUCAUAAAUGGGAAUUUUCAUCCAAAUCAAGUUUUUGUUCUAUUUGCAUGUUUUGGUUUGCACAUCUCUUUCAAUUGAAAAUGACAUGAACCUGUAAAAAUAACUGUUUAUCUGUCAUCUGCAUGUACUUUAAGCAAAAAGAUCUCGGAUUUUUUUGAAACGAUUGUGCAAUAUUUCUCUUUUGUUUUCAUGGUUUGUCGCAUGUUUAUAAAUUUUUGUUCGAGAACGGAAUGUACAUGGAAGAAAAAGACUUGUGAAAGUUUUUCCCAGCGGGAGAUUUUUCGAAUGCAUUUUCAUUUUUUUGUUUUUUCUGGUCGUCGUCGUCUCACGUGAUUUACAGAGGAAUCGUUUUGCUCGAAGCCUGUUUUUCUUCGUUUCAUCAAUGUUUAUUGUCAUUUCUGUCAAAUUAGAUUUUUGUCACGGGUGCGUUGGCUAUUUUUAGUUAUUGCAAAGUUUAUCAAGUCAAUAAUAGUGGUUAGUAACAUCAAUAAAUGGCUAAAUAUGGAAGAGUGGUGUGAGUUUUGCCAGGAGACGUAAUAUAAGAAAAGUUGAGUUCAAUGUUUCACAUUCGGUCCACACUUUUCUUUUAGUAUUUGUAAACACUCGGUUCACCGCCGCUAUUAAUAGUUUUUGGAGGAUUUAAAAAGAAGAGGAGGCUCUAUAAACAGUAUGCCGUGUUCCAAGUGAUCCCGCGUAAUUCAAAAUAGUUUUCAGGCAGGGAACAAGAUGUAACUGAUUCCACGAUAGCCAUCGAAAAAAGGGUCCUGACAUGGUAAAAAAAAAAAUGAGAGAUUAUUUUUAAUUUCGCGGGAUUACUUUGAGCUCGACAUGAAAAAAAAAAACUUUUAGCGCUUUUUGCAAGUCUAUAAAGGAUAUGAAAACCCAUUGACUUUCGAGUUUAUCAAAGACACAACUCUCACCCUUCUGAUAAUAGACUGAUAUAAAAAUAUGAUUUUCUCAAUCUUUACAAGGAAAAUUUUCCAAUUUGAUUCUUUCACUUUGUUAUUUCUAGAUUGAAAGGCUCCAGUACGUUUCUCGGUGGUGGGUCAGAAUCUUCGAGCGUGGUAAACUGUAUAUAGCUUAAUCACGGCUGACUUGAGACAUCGAAAAAAGGGCACUGAAAAAGUGAUAAGAAACAGUGUUUGUGGAGAGCGCAGACAGACCACGCCCUCCUAGCGUCCCAAGCUAGCCGUAAAUGACCUAUAUCCGAUUUGCGGCUGGCUUGAGCUAUUGAAAAUUGGGUCCGGAAACGGUAAAAAAAAAAAAAUUAUAUGGCCAGUUUUAAAGCAGAGCGCAGACAGUGCCACGUCGUGCCAAGCUAGCCGUGAAUGGGUGUAGUAUUCAAACUCAAAACUAACAUUUUUGGCUUAGGACUCUGGAAAUGGCAGAAAGGCUCUCUACAAAGGAAGCAAAAAAGAAUAUUGCGACAAAUUUUCCGUUAAUUACAACUUCUACUGCAAGUUUGUUUUUUGAAAACUUCCCAGGAAUUGUUUAGCAAAAAAAGUUUUUGUAAAUUAAUGAUAAUAAUUUUUAUCCAAAGGAUUUUAAGAGGCUCCGUGCUGAAUGAAGAAAUAACUUCGAAGUUUUGUCCGUCGUACAGGCUCGCAUGUGAAACCGAGUGAGUUGAGACCAAUUGAAAUGGUGACACCGUUCAAAGCAUUAGAGAGCCAGACGAUCCCUUCAAACCCGCUACAACAGCCGAGAAUUUCCCCGACACAGAGAUUACUGGAAGAGAGUUUCCACUUUUUUCAUUCUAAAUUUUAAGUUUUAGGGCUCCGACGGAAAUAUCAGAAGGAAGAAAAAGAAGCAUCAUCGGAAAAAGUCAGAGUUGAUACACGUGUUCAAAGUUUCCAUUUUUUAGGCGACCUUGUACAGCGGACUGUGAUCGAAGACUGUUUCCACAUUGUACCGAGGUUUUUCUUCCGGAAUUUUGCAACUGUUUGGACAAUUUUCAGGACUGCAAGUGCGACUACGCCUAUCCGUCCGUUCAAAAGUUCUGCAAUCCACCGCCGCUUCCUCUUUUUCUCAACACUUGUCGGUGAGGAAGACUCUUUUAUUUGCAAUUUACAAAAUGAAAUUUUUAUUAAUAAUAUCGGACUAGCACCGUACAACGCGCAUCUUGAACAUUACGGUUUCUGCCAACCCCCCCUUCUCUCUCUUUUCGCCAAGCUCCCCCUUCCCCCUUUUCAGGCUCCACCGAGACUAUCCCAUGUAUGUGUAUGAGUAGCUAUCUCUCAAUAAUUCCUUUUAUCAGCUGAUCAUCUUUUCCUCAUUUUUGAGGCAUUUUGAGCUUGACGGAAUGAAAAAUUUAGUCCAAAAGUUUAGAAAUUCAGAUUAUGGUACAACGGUUGUCCCAAAUACGAGCGUUAUCAUUAUGCUUCACAGUUCAUAUAUUCGAAAGCUGAAAAAGGCAAAGUUGUUGGUAGGACUAACUUUCGGUUUCUGUUCAAUAUUUUUCAUUUCUAGAGGGGCCUAAAAAUAACCAACAGUUUAAUGUGCUUUCUCCUACUGGCGAGUCUUUACCCGUCAACCCGUCGAGGUUUGUUUUUUUUUUUCAUUUUGAAACGGUUUUUUCAAGGUUUUCGUCAAGACUGAAGGACGAUCCGCUUGUCGAUUGGCCCGAUGAAGAUGAAAAUUUUUCGUUCAAUGAAAAUAGCGGUGAGCGGGACUCUAGUAUUCUAUAGUCUGUGACCUUUGCGGCUUCAAACGCUGCGGUGUCCCCCGUAUUUUUCAUUUUUCAAAUUGUUUCCUAUCUAGCUGUACCGUGGUUUGCGGCUUGGUCUGAACCUAAGCAACCCGCAUCUUUUCAUUCAGAGGAUCAAGGAACAACCAUAUCAGAAACAAAAAGGUUAUUCGAAAGAAAUCAUACAAAGUGGGAUGAUUGCGAGUUACUUUCAGUCGAAAAUUGGAACUAGUUGAGCCUCCUCCGUUGCCACACGACGAAAAAGCAAAGUUGGUUUGAUUUUUUUUUACCUCUGAAGGUUUUUUUGUAAAACAUUUAAAAAAAACUUUGAAUUCAAAGCAUGUCGAAAAGUAAAAGUUAUUUUUGCAGAGAUUCGGUGCCUGUUGUCCCUUCGGAUAGUGUUUUCAGUAACGCUCUCAGCCAAUACAACGGAUUCACGGACACUCGCGGCGUUUUACAUCGACCACGCAGCCGUUCGCCUUUCUCUAAGCCAGGUGAGAGGAAAAACUUUUUUUCUUGGGAAUUAAUUAAAUUGAUAGGACUUUGGGAGCCGAACCCCGACAAUCCUCACAACAGAGACCAUGCAAACAAGUAUUACUACGCGCCGCGAUCUGUGACGGCUGAUUGGCUCAAUGGACAGGUUUGGAAUUGUAUUUUGUGUCUGUUUCAAAAAAAAAAGCAAUAAGAAAUAGAGACAGUACGUUGGCGAGACUACUUUUUAGCUUUCUUGGGGCGCUCACUGGGCAGUGCCGGCGGCUGGCGUCGGUGGAACUGACGGUUUCAGCGCCGUCCAUUUCCCUACCAUUGGUACCUUUGCCAACAUUCCCGAUGACUACGAUUAG